UCUGUCUCACUUGUUCUAGGGUCCUAGACCGCAAGGUAUUCUGGGAACAGAUUAUCUGCUGCAAUGGCUGUCUUUCUAGCUAGGUUAUUUAUAUCUUUAUAUUUAUUAUGUUUUGCUGGAGCCGUUUUCGAAGACCAAGUGGGAAAAUUUGAUUGGAGACAGCAGUUUGUUGGUGAGGUCCGUUUUGCUCUCUUUGAUUCAAGUCAUUCCCAGGCAUCUAAAAAGCUUCUGGUUGCAACAGAAAAGAAUAUUUUUGCCUCCCUCAAUUCCAGGACUGGAGAGCUUUUCUGGAGACAUGUGGACAAGCUUGGGCCAGAGGGACACAUAGAUACGCUUCUGGUUCAUGGGCAAGAUGCCAUCAUUGUUGUUGGGAACGGCCGUCUUCUGCGUUCCUGGGAGAGCAACUUCGGAGGUCUGAAUUGGGAGACGGUGCUCGAUACCGGAAGCUUCCAGUCUGCUGCUUUUGUCGGAGUGCAGGAUCUGGUGAAGUAUGUGGCUGUGCUUAAGAAAUCUGCCAUCUCUCUGCAUUAUCUCUCCAAUGGCCACCAGAAAUGGGUAGAAAAUCUCCCAGACAGUGACACUGUUGAAUAUCAGAUGUUGUAUUCUGGAGGAAAUGGACUGCACUUCAUUCUGGGUGUAGUCCCUAAUUCUCAUCUAGUCAUUAUUGAAUAUAACAUUGAAGAUGGAGAAAUUAUGAAACAGAAAGCAGUAGAUGCUCCAUGGCUGAGCAGCUUACAGUCCAGCUGUGUGGUGGUCGGUGCCGGAAUGCUUCUGUGUGUUGACCCGAGCACAGAGUCCAUGUACACCUUGCCACUGCAAUCUGAGGAACAGCCGACAGUGACCCAGAUCCCACUUCAGACUGUGGGCCUAGAGGUGGUUUCGGGGUUUCAGCCACAUUUAAUCUCCACUCAGCCUCACCCUGCACGUCCUCCCCUGUCCGAAUUCUUCCUGCAGCUCGGCCCAGAUCACCACGCCCUGCUGCGGCUUAACGAUGGCACCGUUACCCUUCUCAGAGACUUUAACCCGUCAUACCUGGUUGCAUUUGCAAAUACUGGAGAAAAGACAGUCGCUGCUGUUAUGUCACCAAAAAAUGAAACUGCAUGCGCUAUCAACCUGUACAGUGCGGAUGCAGGGAGGAGGCUACUUGAUACCUCAGUCAUUUAUUUACUGGAUCCUAAUGGUGGAAAGCCAACUAGGUUGUAUGUCAAUGUUUUCCUGAAGAAAGAUGACUCUGUGGGCUACAGGGUGAUGGUACAGACUGAAGAUCUGGUUCUGUCCUUCCUACAGCAGCCUGGCCGGGUAGUGUGGACUAGAGAGGAGGCCCUCGCUGAUGUGGUUACUAUGGAGAUGGUGGACUUGCCGCUUACUGGAACCCAAGCAGAACUAGAGGGCGAAUUUGGAAAGAAAGCUGCUAUUCAAGAUGGGCUUUUAGCCAUGGUUUUAAAGCGACUGUCGUCCCAGUUCAUCCUUCUGCAGGCCUGGAUCGGCCAUCUGUGGAAACUCUUCUACGAUGCCCGAAAGCCUCGCAGCCACGUGAAGAACGACGUCACUAUCGAAACCUUGUCUCGGGACGAGUUCAACCUGCAGAAGAUGAUGGUGAUGGUGACUGCCUCAGGGAAGCUUUUUGGCAUUGACAGUAAGUCUGGAACCAUUUUGUGGAAGCAGUACUUGGAGAAUGUCAAGCCCAAUUCGGUUUUCAAACUGAUGGUGCAGAGGACAACUGCUCAUUUUCCUCAUCCGCCACAAUGCACUCUACUCAUUAAAGAUAAGGACACAGACCUGGGAACCCUCCAUGUCUUCAAUCCUAUCUUUGGCAAAAAGAGCCAUAUCAGUGUUCCAGUUUUAUCCAGACCCGUCCUUCAGUCCCUGCUGCUGCCCAUAAUGGAUCAGGAUUAUUCCAAAGCCCUUCUUCUGAUAGAUGAUCAGUAUAAGGUUACCGCUUUCCCAUCCACCAAGAACGUCGUGCAGCAACUGCAGGAGAUGGCGUCUUCCAUUUUCUUCUACCUUGUGGACUCCAGUCUGGGGAAACUGUCUGGUUUCCGCCUACUUAAAGAUCUGUCCACUGAGCUUAUCUGGGAGGUGGUCAUCCCCACGGAGGUGCAGAAAAUAGUGGAAGUGAAAGGCAAGCGUGCUAAUGAGCAUGUCCACUCCCAGGGACGAGUCAUGGGGGACCGCAGUGUGCUUUAUAAGUAUCUGAACCCCAACCUGCUUGCAGUGGUAACUGAAAGCACAGACACCCAUCAGGAACGCAGUUUUGUGGGGAUAUUUCUCAUCGACGGCGUGACUGGCCGUAUCGUGCAUGAAGCUGUGCAGAGGAAGGCACGAGGGCCUGUUCACUUUGUGCACUCGGAGAACUGGGUAGUGUAUGCGUACUGGAACACAAAGUCGAGGAGGAACGAGUUCUCUGUACUCGAGCUCUUUGAGGGAAUGGAGUUGUAUAACAGCACGGUGUUCAGCUCUUUGGAUAGACCUUAUCCACCUCAGGUUCUGCAGCAAUCCUACAUAUUCCCUUCUCCUAUAAGCACUCUAGAGGCCACGCUUACAGAGAAGGGCAUCACCAGUCGUCACCUUCUGGUGGGACUCCCAUCAGGAAACAUCCUGUCUUUACCAAAGAUGUUUCUGGACCCACGAAGACCAGAAUUGGCCUCAGAACAGAGCCGAGAGGAAAAUCUUAUACCAUAUUCUCCUGAAAUGCCAAUACGCUCCGAGUGGUUUAUUAACUACAACCAAACUGUGUCAAGAGUGAGAGGUAUCUACACUGCCCCAUCUGGCCUGGAGUCUACAUGCCUGGUGGUUGCAUAUGGCCUCGAUAUCUACCAGACCAGAGUUUAUCCUUCCAAACAAUUUGAUGUCCUUAAAGAUGAUUAUGAUUAUGUACUGAUCAGCAGUGUACUUCUGGGUCUAUUCUUCGCUACGAUGAUCAGCAAGCGGCUGGCAGAAGUAAAGUUACUUAAUCGUGCCUGGCGAUAAACCACAACUGUUUGCCGUGAUAGCUCACUCUUAAUUUAAGCCAUGUGAUCGACACAUUGAUGGCAGAUCAGCUGAUGACCAUGUUAGACUGCAAGAUUACUGUAAGAAUCAUGAAAGACAACUGAUAGCAGAAUUGUGUGUUUUUUUUUUUUAAAACUUAGAAUCUUUAAUGCAAGAAAGAUGUAAAUAGUGUUUCCACGCUCCAUUAUGCAGUUACUUCUUAAAUUAUUUAAAUGUAAAUUUAGAACCACUUUCUAUGUCUACUGGAUGUUUACUGAACAACAACUAAGGUAACAAUAAUGCAAGGAAUUCAUGCAAAUUAAUUCAAAUAAUGUUUGUAUAGCUAAUGUCAGACAAUUCACAUGACGUCUAGCGCUUAACAAAUAAAAAUGAGCUUAAAAGGUAGACUCCGCUGUUUGUUACUUUUACAGGUAGUCUUUGUUGCUACAUUCUAAUCGUGCUUUUUAAUUAUAGUCUACCUUUUAAACCGAUGCUCGGGUACUGUAGAAUUUUUAUUAAUGGGGAAAAAAAGCAUAAAAGAAGAGGAAUUUCAACCAUUUGUGUGAGAAUAUGAGAGAAUGAAUUACAUUUGGAACGGCGAGAUAGUAAAUAAAAAUGUUUUGCUGUAGGAAAGGGAGUAUGUUUAAAAAAAAAAGCGAGAGAGAAGACAACAAUGAACAAUCAACCAUCUGAACUAUAUGCUGAGUUUCUGCAGUUCCUCUUUCUGCAGUAUUACUUUGUUUAUUUUAAACUUGGUUUUAGUUUAUGCUGUGGUUAGCACCAGGGUCCAUGAUUCUGAGCUCAGGUAUCUGUCUAUAAUGUGAAGUUUUGCAUGUUGUCCACGUUUGCAUCGGUUUCUUCUGGGUUCACACCCACCUCUCAAUACCAUGGUGGUAGGUGGGUUGGCGACCGUAAAAUUAGCCCCAAGUGUGAAUGCAUGUUCAUGGUGCACAGUGACGGACGGCUGUACCAUCCAGAGUGAAUUCCUGUUGAAAAUCCUCUAACUGCCUUUUGUAGUUCAACCUAAUUCAAUCUAAAGAAUCAGGACAUGAAAUGAUGUGGAACUUGUAACUGCAGAGAAUCCCAAGUAUCGCUCUUGGAGAAACACUGACUUUUUAGUUGAGAUGCAUUAAACUGGUUAAUUGUAUAUAUUUUUUUUUUUAUUAACAACCAUGCUGUGUGUCUUAACACUUGUUUUAUUUAAUUUUUUUUAUUUUACUUUUUGUGUCGCUGCCACAGCUACCUAAUUUUGUUUAAAAAAAAAAUCACCAACCAAUAGUUUGUGUGUGUGUGUGUGUGUGUGUGUGUGUUCUCUUCGUGCACUGAAUAACAUUGUUCAUUCAUGCUUUUUGUGUGUAUGUAAUUUCCAGAAUACAAAAGUCAUUUACUAAAUUAAUCUCCAUCCCUAAAUGUUGAUGAUAAAGUGAUCUCAAACAGCUGA